CAACAGGUGGGCCUAUCGGGAAAAGUAGCCCACAGCAGAGACCGUUUCCAUUUCCUUUACAUUACAUUUACGCGAUGCUCCGACAUAAACUAAAGGCUUUAUUAAAGCGUGACACGAAUUAAAGGAAGCGCGAUGCACUGACUCCUCAAACCCAAAGUAACUUCAACGAAAGAAAGAGGCGGUCUUUGAACAGCACGAUGAGCCGUCGACUAGAAGAUGUAAUGGCUCUGUGCUGUAAGAUAUCAGAGGACGGGAGGAUUCAAGCAGCUGUACAGAACUCAGCCAAAGGAGCCGCCGCAGCGGGCGGGGGGGCUUUUUUAGAGGGGCUGCUCGGAGGUCCGCCCGGUAUAUUUAUUGGUGGUGCUUUGGGUGGUGCCGUUGGGUGGUGGAUGACUAGUGACAAAUUCCUUCCUCUUCAUCAAAUCAUAAUGGAGAUGCCUCCGCAACAGAAGAGGAAACUGUACUCUGAGGUCAUGGCUGUCUUGGGCAAUCUGGAUUGGGUCGAUCUGGCUCAACUCAUUUUUUUAGUGACGGGUAAUUCCUCUCUACAGAUGCGAGUCCUUUCUACUUUAAUCUCUUUUGCCACAAAAGAGCUUGGAGCCAAAGUGGAGUAUGGGCAAAAAUAGCAUGUUCAUUUCACCUUCUUAGUCUAAGGCAAGUUUGACUAGGGCCUAUCUAAAGAGCUUUUUUAUUGUAGUUUCUGAAAAAUGUGUUUUUAUUUUUAAUUUUCAGCUCCUUUUCCAACACUUCAGUUUCAAUUCAGCUGACCAGAGCGAGAUUUUCACUGUAAACCUCGAUGCUUAACAUAUGUAAAUUUUAAAAAUAUGCAAAAAAAAACAAACAAAUGAAACCUAAAUCAAUCCUUUAGAAAAACACGCGUGAUCAAGAUCAGCUCGAUGGAUAGUUAAAGGGACAGCGCACUGCAAAAAGUGUACAAUAGCUUUUGAAUUGAAAAAAAGCGUUGUUUGUUCAUAUUCAGGUAAAUUUUAAAACAUAGGAGAGGAUAUAGUUAGGAAAUGAUGUCCUGAAUCAGAAUCAUUGUGUUUUUAUGGCUGGAAUGCAGUACACAGAUUUGAAAAUAUUAGAUAUCAUUCACUUAAUAGCCGCCGAAGAAAACUGACCAUUACACACUACAAGGCUUUAAGUCGUUCCGAUCACAACAAACUCAAAAUAUCGAAUGUGUUUGAUAUUCUCCAACCGGAUCGUGACAUGAUUAACGGCGUAAUUUCAUAACAUGCAGGAAUAAUCCACUAACAUGUGCACCGCAUGCUAUUUUUUUAUGUUUACCUGGUACCUUAUUGUCAGGGUGAGGUUUAAAGAGAAGGAGCGCUCGACGAGAAUAUAAAGUUAACGAGAUCGGACAAACAGAAGUGAAUCACACAGGGAAUAAAUACACAAAGCAGUUGACUAAAUUAACAAGACACAGGUGAAGACAAUGAUACAAUUAACAGGAAGGGAAGGUAGGGCACACAGAGCACCUGGUACAAGACAAAAAACAACCAGUGUGUGACACUUAGAUGCACUGCUGUUUAAAACUUUAGGAUUGGUAAGGUUUUAACUGUAUCCCCUUUUCAUAAAAGUCUGUAAUGCUGUAUUUAUUGGAUCAAAAAGAACGUAUUGUGAACUAUUAUGAACAUUUUUGUAUACAAUUUAAAAUGCCAUUUGUUUAUUUAGAUGUCAUUUAUUUAAGCAGCUAUUCCUCCAGUCUUCAGUGUCACAUGAUUCUUAAAAAUAUAUAUAUAUUUUUAUCAACCAUUAAAACAGUUGCUUAAUAGUUUUGCGGGAAAACAUGAUGAUCAAUGUAAUGCACCAUCGCUGAAUAAAAGCAUCAGUAUCUUUUA